UAGGGGUCGAAGCAUUGCACCGUACUUUGAGGAAAAACAGAAUCCAAGACUAACCAAGGUCUGACCAAAUGCAGCAGAGAGCAAAGAUUUCCAGCGCUAACAUGUAAUAAAGUGAUGCACCAAAGAAGAAAACAAGUAAAAUAUGUGGAUCCCACUUUUAGGUUAGGUUAUACAAAUGUACACAGUGACCUCAUCGCCAACAGUGUCAUAAAAAACACAAAGGGAGGGUUGUUGGGAGUCUGAAACAUUGUCAUUUGUUUGUUAAGUCCACUGUAAGGAAAAACUGGAGCAGCAUGGCUUCUGCAUCUGAGAUUGCAGCAAAAUUGAAUCUGGUGGCCCACCCUGAAGGUGGCUUCUAUAAUGAAACUUUCAGGGACACCUCCGUUUUCCUCUCCAAGUCUCAACUUCCUCCUGAAUACAAGGUUGAUCGUGCUGUUAGCUCAUGUAUUUACUUCUUGCUACCAUCCGGGUGUGUGUCUCACCUCCAUCGUAUACCAUGUGCUGAGACCUGGCAUUUUUAUUUGGGAGAACCUCUUACGGUCCUAGAGCUGGAUGAGAUUGGGCAGAUAAAACUAACAUGUCUUGGACCUGAUCUGCUAGAUAAUCAGCAGGUGCAGUAUACGGUGCCUCCAAAUGUUUGGUUUGGUGCAUUUCCAACCAAGGAUUUUCAGAUUUCCACUGAUGGGGCAGUGACAAAAACUGAAUCAAGGGAUGCUGAGAGCCACUACUCCCUUGUCGGGUGCACCUGCGCACCUGCCUUUCAGUUUCAAGACUUUGAACUGGCCAAACGCUCUGAGCUUGUAGCACACUUUCCGAAUCACGAGCGCCUCAUUUCUUUACUCACCUAUCCUGAUUGAAAGAAGUUUGAUAAGUGCUGGUUAUCUAGAAAUCAGACUUCUGAUGCUGGUUUCAAUGCUUUAGUGAGGAACUUGAGUGGCAAGUGGCAUCAAGUUUUCAGGUUUCUGAUUCUUGGGUUGCUACUAGUUUUUUAAUUUAUAUUCACUGUACUAUCGAAAGCAUUAAGCUGUGUGUCGAAUGUUAUUGUCCAUGUGUAACAAAUUACUAAUAAAAUUCGUACACUUUUCUACUAGCU